AUGGCGCGGACCUGCGGUGCUGUCCGCCUCCUCCUCCUUCUUCUCCUCCUCCUCCUCUGCAGCUCCGCGGCGGCCGGACCUACGUUCCUGGUGGCAGUUCCUUGGAACAUCAGGCCCGGAGCAAACGUGACUGUUGGGGUAGCUUUACUGCCGGACAGCCCAGCACAGGUUACCGUAAGGGGAGAAGUGAUCAGAGAUAACGAGACCAUCUUGAGCAGGGAAAUGGUCUUUGAGCCAGAUUCCUUUGGGACUCUUGUUCUUCCAGUACUGCCUUUGAACAGUGCUUCUGGGAAUUAUGAAUUACUGGUGGAAGGCCAUGCUGAUGGCCGGCGCAUCUUCUCUAACCGUACCAGCUUGAUGUACAUGUCAAAGAGCAUCUCCGUAUUCAUCCAGACUGAUAAAUCUAUGUAUAAACCGGGACAAGACGUGAUGUUUCGGAUUGUCACCGUCUAUCCUGAUCUCAAACCUUACAAGGCGUCUCUGAAUAUAUAUAUCCGAGACCCUCGGAAGAAACUGAUUCAGCAGUGGUUGAUGGAGGAGGGUGAUUUGGGCGUAGUUUCCAAAAAAUUUCAGUUAUCAAUGAAUCCUCCACUAGGAGACUGGUCCAUAGAGGUGGAAGUGAACGGUCAAGUACAUUAUCAAAGGUUUAAAGUGAUGGAAUAUGUUUUACCAAAAUUUGAUGUUAUGAUAACAACACCAUUAUACUAUUCUUUGAGAGAGAAAGACGUAACUGGUGUUGUCACUGCAAAGUACACGUAUGGAAAGCCAGUAAAGGGAACUGUAACGAUCACUUGCCUUUCUGUCUCUUAUUGGACAAACAAGAGAAAUAUAACAACAACAAUGGAGAUAAAUGGAUCUGUGAAUGUAACCUGUAACAAGCUUAUGCUGCAAAACUUGAAUGCUGAUCAGUCGUGGCACCAAGGUGACAGUGAUUACACAGAGCCAAUAGAAAUUAUCGCAGUGGUCACCGAGUCACUCACAGGAAUCUCCCAAAAUUCAAGUACCAUCAUAUUUCCAAAGCAAAGUGACUAUUUUAUUGAAUUUAUGGACUACUCUAGAGUUAUAAAACCAUCUCUGAACUUCAUAGCUACUCUAAAGGUGACACGUUCUGAUAGCAACCAGCUGACAGCUGAAGAGAGGCAGAAUCUUGUCACAAUCACUGCACAACAGUCAGACCUGCUUUUUCACCACUCUUCACUUUCUCACCUUGAGAAUGAGGCAACAGAGGAGAGAAAUCUGACAGUCCAUGUCCUGAAUUACACAGUCCCAGAAAAUGGAAUAAUUGAUAUUGAGUUUCCAAUCCUGUCUGAUACAAAAACUCUGAGAGUUCAGGCAGAAUUCCUCAGCAGUAGGACCGACAUAGGUGUUUAUGAUGUGUUCAGCUCCCCCAGCCACACUUAUCUCCAGGUUAAAACAAAGAGCCAGGAUAUAAAGGCUGGGAAGCCUUUUGAGCUGAGCAUUGCAAGCAACAAGCCAGUGAGAGAGUUCCACUAUCUGAUAUUAUCUAAGGAACAAAUUGUGGCUUUUGGUACAAAGGCUGCAAAAACAUUCACUUUAACAGCAGAAAAUUCCUGGGCUCCUUUGGCAUGUAUACUUGUAUUCUAUGUUGAUGAGCUUGGAGUGGUUGUAAAUGAUGCUCUCACUGUCCCCGUUCAGCCUGUUUUGGAUGACAAGAUUAAAAUCUCUUGGAGCAAAGAUAAAGUCAAGCCAUCUGAGAAAAUCUCCCUUAAAAUCAGUACAACAGAACCAGGAUCAGUAAUUGGACUUGCAGUUGUUGAUAAAAGUACAAAGCUUCUAGGAGAAAGUAGUGACAUAACAGAAGAUUCUGUCUUCCAUGAGCUCAAUUUAUACAGCACAGUGCAGUAUUUCCCCCUGGUCAGAGGUUCUUUUGGUGUCUUUCAGAAAUGCAGCCUUUGGGUAUCAACUGAUGCAAUUCUUGAGGAGGAUAAGGAACAUUUUCUUUAUGGUGGAAUGAUACCCAUAGAGGAUGGUUUCGGUGAUGAUAUGCCAGUAUCUAAAAAUGGACCUCCUGAUUUCAGUAAUCUCUACGUGAGGACACAUUUUCCAGAGACUUGGCUUUGGAUCGACACUAAAACUAGAUCUGACACAGACACCACAAUGGAAGUCAUGGUACCUGAUACCAUCACAUCCUGGGUAGCCAGUGCUUUUGUGAUGUCUGAAAACAGCGGGCUUGGAGUGACGACUGCUCCGGUGGAGCUAGAAGCUUUUCAACCUUUCUUCAUUUUCCUGAACCUUCCAUACUCUGUCAUCAGAGGAGAGCAGUUCAUUUUGGAAGUGAACAUCUUUAAUUAUUUGAAAGAAGAAGCUGAGGUUACUGUGAUCCUGGAUAUGAACGAUGCUUUUGAAAUUAUUCUAACAUCCAAUGAAAUAAAUGGUACAGAAAAUCAACAGUCUAUAUCUGUACCAAGUGAAGAUGGGAAAACUGUCCAAUUCCCAAUCAAACCGAAACAGCUGGGAGAGAUUCCUAUCAAAGUGACAGCAAUAUCAUCUGCUGCUUCUGAUGCUAUCAUCCAGAAAGUUUUAGUAAAGGCUGAAGGAUUGGAACAGACGUAUUCUCAGACAGUCCUUUUGGAUUUGACUGGGAAUAAACCACAAGCAGUGUCAAAAACUUUGGAUUUCACUUUUCCUUCUGAUGUUGUAAGUGGCAGUGAGAGAGUGCAGAUCACUGCUGUUGGUGAUUUACUUGGGCCUUCUAUCAAUGGUUUGUCAUCAUUGAUUAAGAUGCCUUACGGCUGCGGUGAACAGAAUAUGAUCAAUUUUGCUCCAAAUGUUUAUGUUUUGCAAUACCUGACUAAAACCAGGCAGCUGAGAGAGGAUAUUAAAUCAAAAGCUCUAUCAUUUAUGAGAAAAGGCUACCAGAGAGAGCUGCUUUUCCAGAGGGAUGAUGGCUCUUUUAGUGCCUUUGGAAAUGAAGAUCCCUCUGGGAGCACAUGGUUAUCAGCUUUUGUAUUAAGAUGUUUCCUUCAAGCUCGUCCAUUUAUAGAUAUUGACCAAGAUGUACUCAUGGAUACAGCUAAAUGGAUUGUCCGGCAUCAGAAAUUAAAUGGAGAAUUUCAUGAGCCUGGGAAAGUGUUACACAGUGAUCUUCAAGGAGGCACCAAUAAUCCAGUCACUCUCACAGCUUACAUCAUGUCAUCCCUCCUAGGGUUCCCAGAUAAACAGCAUGCUUAUGUCAUCAAGAGUGCUACAAACUUUCUAGAAGAUAAAUUAGAAGAAGGCAUUUCGGAUAAUUACACUUUGGCACUUGUAACGUAUGCAUUGUCCUGGGCAAAAAGUACAAAAGCAAAGGAAGCACUGAAUAUACUGAACCAGAGAGCAGAACACCAAGGAGAAUUUCGUUUCUGGAUAACACCUGCUUCUGAAAUUUCUGAUUCAUGGCAGCCACGGUCCAUCGAUAUUGAACUCGCAGCGUAUGCUCUGCUUUCGCACUUUCAUCAAGACAGAUUAGCAGAGGGGAUCCCUAUUAUGAAAUGGUUAAGUCAGCAAAGAAAUCACCUUGGGGGAUUUUCAUCUACUCAGGACACGGUGGUGGCUCUGCAAGCCUUGAGUCUAUUCGCAACUCUCACUACUGCAAGCAAAACAGAAAUCGAUGUAACAGUGACAGCACCUUCUUUGAAAAUGCCAGAAACAUUUUCAAUUGAUACUCAAAACCGUUUUCUGCUUCAGACCAAGGAGAUUGCCCCUGCACAACCAAUGACAAUUACAGUGGCAGCAGAGGGAACAGGAUUUGCUGUCUUUCAGCUUAAUGUUAUUUACAACACAAAACAUACUGAUCAGAGGCUCAGAUCUGUCCGAAAACAAGAAGCCUUUGACUUGAAUGUUGAUGUAAAGGAUGACAAAGAUGAUAAAAACCAUUUGACCUUGAAUGUGUGCACAAGGUACUUGGGUUCUGGCACAGCUCCCAGUAGUGGUAUGGUCCUCAUGGAGGUUGGCUUACUCAGUGGUUUCUCUGUGUCACCAGAUUUCAUUCCAUUAGACAAUACAGUUAAGAAGAUGGAAAAGGACAAUGGAAAAGUCAACCUAUACUUAGACUCUCUAAAUGAAACACAGGUUUGUGUGGAUAUUCCGGCUGUGAGAGACUUCAAAGUGGCAAAUAUCCAAGAUGCUUCAGUGACUAUAGUGGAUUACUAUGAACCUAGGAGAAGAGCAGUGAGAAGCUACAAUUCAGAAGUAAUGCAAAGUAUAACUCCUUGUGACUUCUGUGAAAGUGAUUGCAGUCUUUGCCACCGAGAUGGUUCUCCAGCCUUGCUUCAGCACUCUUCAUUGGCCUCCUUGUUCUGUGUGCUGUUUGUCCUUCAUGUAAACUUGCUGUGCAGUUGGGUGCUGUAAAAGGAAACAGAUUGUGUUUCACAUCUAAGGUUUCCAUAAAUUAUCCAAAGAAAAUUUUAUGUUCAGAUACCAGCUUGUCUUUAGUGAUUACAGUGACCAAACUCCUGCUGCGUUCAGGGAGAGCUGGGCUGGCCCAUAUGGUACAUUUCUGGCUGUGCCAGAAAACUUCUUUAAGUGUCUGCUGGAAAAACUUUACAAGUGUUAGUUUCAUACUGAAGUUAUUUUCUGAAGAAGCACAGAAUUACCAAGAAAGCAGUCUGAGAAAAUACAAACCUAGCUCCAUGUUCCCACUCCCUUUUUACCCCAGCUUUCAAUUGUGCUUGUUUUUUAGGGUUGUAUGUUAGUUUACCAUGCUUUUCUGAAACACUGUCUGCUUCUCCGUUGAGGUGUUGGUAAGCAGAGCACUGGGAGCUUGGUAUCAGAGCUCACUUUGUUCUGUUCUGCAGACAUGACACUUAACAUUAAUAUUGAAUUUCGCUGUAUGCUCUCACGGGGAAUAAUAUGAAAAAUAAAAAGAGCUGGCUUCAGAGCAGAUCCAAGAGCCAAAAGUGCUGCAUUCACAAACUGCUGAACGCUCCAGAAAAUUGUCAGUCUUUUUUUAUCGUUACAGAGAAGCUAGGUGGAUUUUUUGCCAAUUCAUAAGCUAAUCAUAUUUGAAAAUAAGGCCUCAGGAUGUUCUCAUGCAUUUUACUCUGAAAGGCUUUACUGUAAAUGUAUCAAAGAUGGAGUCUACGUUUGAGGCUUCAUUUUUCCAGGGUUAUUCAGAAACAAACCUAAUUCUCUUUCCAUGUGAGAAUGCUGGUGUCCACUGGCAUAUUUAUGGCCAGCAGGAUGAAGGUUGCUUUGAUCCUUUUCUGGUUUUUGGAAGUCUUCUAGAAACGUCACUCUGGGGCAUCAUUUAUGUCUUGCGUUUGCAGUGUCAUCUUGUCAACGAUUUAAGUGGCAUAACCCUAAGCAGCUGUUUACUGCUCUCUGUGCCAUGUCAGCUGAAUGCCAUCUGUGCAUGUAACUCCUGUUGUUGGUUGGUGAGAGAGGCUUUUAGGAGGUGUGGGCUGCACAUGCAUUCAGUCCAGCAAAACAAUUGACAUGCUUGCUUAACUUUAAGCACAUCCUUGUAUGCUUAAGUGCUUUGCUGAAGUGGGAUGGAGGAGAGGGACGGUGAAGAGCAACAGGCACUUUUACACCCAAACCUGCUCUUUGCACAUGGGGAGAAUUACAGGUCUCUAUGAAUGUGGAAACGUGUGAGCUUGAGAGCUCUUCCCUCCUGAGUGAGUGUAUGAAUGUCUUCCCUAUCUGGCAGCCAAUUUAUCCUUUCUGAACACUGCCUGUGAUAUCUAAUGCUUACUUCUUUUUGAUAAGGAAGCCAAGCUGAUAACAUUCCUAGUUACUAAAAUGAAGUUAAUAGCUGUCAUGCCGACUAACAGAGGUAGAAAUUUUAAGGCUGUUGAUUCUCUUUCUUUCAUACCUUUUUGAGACGGAGUGUGUACGUGUGCACAUGUAAUAAUAUUGCAGUCACUUUCCUAGAGAAAUUUCUAAUUUUUAUUCAAAUUUUGCUACUGCUCAAAAUGUAUGUUUUUGUAUUUUAUGCUCAUCUAUACUCUUGUUCACAAAGGAAAUUAGUGGAUGAUAGCAUGGGAAGAGGCCUGAACUUCCUGAACUGAGUGCCGUCUAAUACUGAGGUGUAGGUUUUUAACUGCAAAGCUAGUUUAGGUGGGGUUAUUUGUUUUACUUUAGCUGUAUUUAGAAUUUAAAAUGUUUUUCACAAACUUGGGGUUCUGUUCUGUCUCUCUGGCAGAGCUUAGGCCUGGUUCUUUGUAUUCAGUUCACGCUUUUCACUUGUCUUUGGUGCACUUUGGAUCUAGCCCCUUGAAUAGCUGAUUAGUGCCUUAAUAUGAGUGCCUGUGCUGCUCUGACCCACAUGAAGUAAAACCGUAUUUACUGAAAUCCAAAGCACUACUUAGUCAAUAGCAUGCAGGAUCUGACCCUCUGUAAGUCAGUCAUGCCCUUGGUUACACUGGUCCAAAGCUAAUAGAAACCAAGAUACAAACUGAAACACAUCUUUGCAUCUCAAAUCCUUUACCCAUGUAUGGGAGCAUAGAUUGAAUUGUGCCAAGUGUAUGAUCUGGAAAACAUUCAUGCUCUAAACUGGGGUGUGUUUUGCUGUGGGUUUGAUUUAUUUGUGACCUAUGAAAGCUUUUGCCUUUGGGGACAGCAGCCUUGACGUGUCAUUUGCCUCCAUUUAAUAUAAUUUCGAGAACCCAAAGCUCACAUACUUUCAGUUUUUCUUAUAUGUAGAGCUUCUAAGAGGGACAUUGAUACCUGAUUAAUCUUAGGAUAAAGAGGCUUAUUUUCUAGACAAGAUGUACUGGAGAUAAACUACUCCUUUGCAGUAGAUAGUAGGAAUAAAUUAGUUUUAUUUUGCAGGCAGUCCCAGCUUCCUGAAUAUCCUUCAGAAAAAUGAAUUUAAACUGCUCAGCCUAAUUUCAGACAGUGCAGCUUUUAUUAGUAUUCCCUUACAUUUGUUUUGAGGCAAACAACACAUGUUUUUAAAUGACUCUUGGCUGCCUUGCACACCCUACUAAGAAGCAUCAGUCAUAAUGCACCAUGUCAUGGAAAUUGUUGGAGUCAGUGAACAAACAUCCUCUUUUAUUUUACUUUUUUCUAUACAGCAGGCAUAUCAUUACAGACAUCCAAAUCUGCCUCUGUACUAAGCUAUUUUAAAGGAACAGUGUACAUCGUAUGACUUCAAACAAAUGUUUAUACCAGGUGGGCUUUAACAUUCCUACACCAAUGCCUUCAGUUGAGGCUAGUGCUUUGAAUAAGUUGCAGAGGAUAAAUUUUGUAUUGUGUGUUGGUAGUGAAUGGAACAGAGGAAAGGGAAUAUUAUGUGGCAUAGUGACUUUUUUUGUUUUCCUCGUUAUUAUAUAGGAACCUUUACACAAAUGCUCAGCAUAUAUAAUUUUCCCAUUGCUCUGUAAAGUCAGGUUUUGAUGUUCGAGGGGCCAUGCUCCCACUGAAGUUAUUAGGAAAUCUUUUAGCAAAAAAUUUUUAGGAACUCUUUAGGACCAGGAUCUUUAAGGAGCUUUAAGGAGCAGUGGUAAAAGCAGUCAGGAAAAGGUAUUUUGUGAUGGAGUCUUCCUGUUGCAUUGCCUGAACAUUUCUGUGUGGUUGCUGUUUCUUUGAAAUCUGAGUAUUCUCUGGUACUUCUGUGCCCUUUUCAGCCACAUGCUGUCAAUGGACAUGGUCUGGGCAGGGCCAUUAAUAUGCUAUUAAAUCAGUAGGAAAUAGUCAUUUAUUUAGGAUUGAGUUUAAAACAAAAACAUAAUGCAUUUUAAAAGAUCUCCCCCUCACAUUCUACCUUUGCUGUCAUCCAUGAUCUUAGCCGAGGUUUUCUCUACAGGUUUCUCUGUGGGUGUCAUCUAGAAACCUUCUAUACUGAACGCUGUUGUACAGAACAGGGAACGAGUGCUGCCUAAGGGGUUUACAGCACCUCGGAGCCUGCAUGCUGGGCCAGCUCGAUGGAUGGUUUGGUUCCCAGUGUGGCACCAGCAUGCUCCCAUUUACUUCACAAGCAGGAGCUUGUGGCUUGUGCACAUCAAUGGCAUGUGAUAAAAGGGAGAAGUGGCCAGACUGGUGCAGGAGAAACAGAAGAGCCAAGAUCCAACAUUAUGUGCCUCUCUUUUGCCUUGAAAGUCAGUGUUGAAAAUCGGACCUAAGAUCCAAAAAUUGGUUUUAUUCAGUUUUCAAAAUAUUAUUCUAGCAAUAUUUCUCCAAAUGUGUUGUUCAGGUUGGUAUGAAUAUUGACAAUAUUUGGUUUAAGCAGAUUCCUGCAGAAAGCAUAUGUAUAUACAUAGCCAUUGUGUAGGCUCCAGUGUACUACAGUGUGCAAUGUAUGUGCAAUUAAAAACAUACAAGAUCUUCACAAAGUGGCCAAACCAACAACAUUGUGUGAUGUUCUGUUUUUCAAAAUAUACAGUUAAGUGUUUAGGAAAGAUUAUAUUUGGAAAGCAACUGGUACCUAAUGGCAUAAUUUUUCUAUCUAUAUCUCAAACACUAAGAAAGAGUAUUCAAUUUUAAUUCUAAUGGCCAAUAAUAUUUCUGUUCUAGCCUUUCUUCUUCUACCAUAAAUCUUUAUGCAGUGAACUAUAUUUAUGUGUUUAGUCCUCUAAAUACACAGAAGAUUUUGAAAUUAGAUGUUCUCACUAGUAAUUUAUCCAUAAAAUAUAACAACAGUUAUGUGAUCAGGUCUUUUGAGUUAUUAUUAGAUUCUCCUUUUCCCCAUGUCAAAAUAUUUCACUUCAGUGUUGUUUCUUAUUCAGUUUGUUGUAUUUUUGUGUGCCACUUGGAAAUAUCAUUGCACUAAUGCUAUUCUAUGCAAUAAAGCCUGACAGUGUGCUGUAUUAGAUCAAUCCAGUGAUUAUUUUUGCUAAUGGAUAGCUCGUUAUUUUCAGAUGUGUAUGAGCAUUAAUUGCUUAUGUGCUACAUUUGAGUCACCAGAACUCCAAUGUUAAGGUUUCUCUUUAAUUUCAAAUCAUACAUUUUAUUUCUGUAUUUCUUAGUGGUUACCCAAAAGCUUCAUCAGCCUUGCUCAGAUCUUACGAUGUUAUAUUAUGCAUUGGGUUUUUUGUUGUCGUUUUUAGUAUUGUUAGGUUGGGUGGGAUACUAAUAUGAGGAAGAAAAUAUAAAAAACGCUGUCUCAAAGGAAGUAUCAUAUAAGCAGGUGUAAUGUACCAUACAUUAGCUGUCCUACUGGCUGUUGCAUCUCUUCUUUUUCCAUAUCAGGCCUUAAGCAAUUUGAACUAAAAUUCUUGGCUGCCUUGAGAUGUAGUCAGAUAGAUACCCAUUUUGAUCUAGUUUAGGAUCAUCAUAUGCAUUUCCACUUUUGAUCAAAUCAGAAAUGGUAGAAAAAGAAUGCUUUUAUGAGCUGUUUUGAGCAAACAGAGGUGAACUAACAUGCCAGCUAUGCAAAUUGCUUCUGUCUUUUCAAAUAAUAAAACAAAUGUUAAGGAACUAGACUGUUUCACAGGAUUUUGGGAAGUUGUCAUUGAUUUAUUUUUCUUCAAAUAAAGUUUGCAAUAGCUAUUUUUAAAUUGUAUUAAAGAUGACUUUUAAUAAUA